AUGUCGUCCUCUCAAGGUCUCCACUCUUUGACCACCAUAAUCAAGCGACUGGAAGCCGCAACGUCGAGACUAGAAGACCUCGCAGCCAGUACUUCACAUAAACCGAUCGAAGGAACCAAGGAAAUCUCUCCCCCAGUCUCAUCUCCGCCACCACCACCACCGUUACCACCACCAUCUACGCCGGCCCCUGCAAUCCAAGAAGUUCCGAAGAGUGUGGUCGCAUACGAUGAAAGCAUCGUUAAAGCAAAAUUGACGCCGUUCUUGGAAUUGACGCGUUCCUUCGCAGGUGCAAGUGUAGUGGAAAUCACCGACCUCAUUGAGCAACAAUUUAAGGAUCUUCACGAUCUCUUGCUCAUGACCUCUACGUGCACGAAGCCUGGUGACAAUGAACUGCAAGAGGUCCUUAGCCCCAUCAAAACCAAUAUAGAAGCUAUUACCCGUAUGAAGGAAGCAAAUCGUAAAGAUAGAGACUGGUUCCCGCAUCUCAUGGUACUUGGAGAGGGGGCACAGUUCAUUGUAUGGGUUAUUCAGCCUAAACCUGGAUCUUAUAUCAACGAAAUCAAGGACCAAGUGCUGUAUUACGGAAAUAGAGUGAUCAAGGAUUACAAGGAAAAGGAUCCGAAGCACGCUGAAUGGGUGCGGUCCUUUACAUCUCUCCUUGACGAGUUGCGGAAGUAUGUGAUGGAAUACCAUUCAACCGGUCUUGCAUGGAAUCAACAGGGAAUUCCGAUAUCACAAUAUAAGUCCACUUCUCGAGCCUCUGGCCCGUCUUUAGCACCUCCACCUCCACCUCCACCCCCCCUGUCGGCAGACGCUCCCACUCCCACUGCUCCUGGAGGCACAGAUGCGGUCUUUGCUGCAUUAAACAGAGGGGCCGAGGUGACAAAAAACUUGCGCAAGGUUGACAAGAGUGAGAUGACUCAUAAGAAUCCGGAAUUGCGUGCCAGUGGUGUCGCUCCUAGUACUGGCGGCUCUGGCACUGCAAAGAAGCCGAUUCGACCAGCGAAACCCCAGUCCUUGAUGGGGAAAAAACCAUCAAAAUUUGUCUUGGAAGGCAAGACGUGGAAUGUUGAACACCACGAGGAUGAGAAGAAUCUGGUCGUUCAAGAUACGCAACUCAAUCAAGUCGUGAACAUCUUUGGAUGCAAGAAUAGUGUCAUCCAGGUCAAAGGAAAAGUCAAUGCUGUUACAUUAGUCAACUGUGUCAAGACGUCCAUUCUCAUCGACUCGGUUGUUUCAUCCAUCUCUGUCACCAAGUCGCCAUCAUUUCAGAUACAGAUAACUGGAACAGCACCUAUGAUCCAAAUUGAUUCCACUGAUUCUGGACAAAUAUACCUCGCGAAUUCAUGUUUAAACGCGGAAAUCACUACAGCAAAAUGUAGCUCCAUCAACGUUAGUUUACCGGUAGAAGGAGAAGAGGAGGGAGUUUUCAUGGAGCAGCCAGUACCGGAAAUGUUGAGGACGUGUGUCAAGGACGGGAAAUUAGUGACAACCGUUGUGGAACACGUCGGUUAA